GAUCUUACUGCUUCUGUUGCAAGUCCAAAGCUUGUUCCGGUAAAGUUAAUAAAGGCGCCAUAUUGGAUGAUGAAGCCGGUGGCGACCUCUUACAGAUGAAAGCAUUAAAACAAGAAGUAGACUUGUUACAGAUUGAGCUUAAGAAAGCGAAAAAAAUGAUAGCAGUCAUGCAAGAGAGAGAGACGUUAUUGACAGACAGAUUAGCACAACAAGCCCAGAAAAUGCUGGAACGUGGAGUUAGGUUUGAAAAUGUGUCUCUCGGGGAUAAAACACCGACAGCUUUGAUUCGUCGCUAUGGUAACCUGUAUGCUCAAGCUCGUGUAGAUACCUUGGAUUUUUUGGAGAACUUUCCAGAACUUCGAGAUGCUGAUGAGCUAAAAUCUAAAAUCCUCUUCUCUGUCGUUGUG